AUGAUGGGAACAUAAAAGAAAUAGUAUUAUCACUUGACAAGCACAAAGCAAACAAAAAACACAUAACCAAUGCAAGCAUUGGGCCUGCCCCCAUUUAUCUAUCUACUUUUGAUUUGAAUUACCUUCCAAAAAAGCCUGCGUUACUAUCAAUUAAAUAAAGUUUACCGGCCUAGCAUCUUCACUCACUCCCCUUGGAUAAUACCUAAACCAUAAAAUCCCAUUUGAACCAACCAUAGUUUACUCUGUAAUUAAAAUCUAGGUAGUAGGAGAUGGGAGAUAGGGGAAUAACACUAGCAAAGGCGAAGAAGGAGCUAGAAGACUUAUACCUAGGCGUCCCAGAUGAGUCCGUGAACCUCACUUUUCAAGACUUUGCUCAAGUGAGGCACAACCAAAACCAAAACCAAAACCAAAACAAUGCUGAAAUCAAGAAACUAUCUCCCUCUUCAGCCAUGUCACCCAUCGCCGAGAAAUCGAAAUCUCCUCUCUCAUCUCCCUUGCCCAAGCUUCCUAGCCUCGACUUUAGCAAGGGCUUUCCCAGCCCUCACCACCAUCACCAUCACCAUCUGGAUAUGGAUCAAAGAAGCAUGAUGUAUGAUGACAUGAGCGUCGCUAAUUAUGGAGUGGAGAGAGGAGGGAGGCGCCGCCCCGGGAUCCCCCACUCCAAUAUCUGCGCCCUUUGCUGUAACUACAUAUACAUCUGCCGUCAUCGUUGCCUCGUUUGUGGAAGAGUUUAUUGUAGGCAGUGUGUGAACACUGGGAUGGGGGACAUGACAGAAGGUAGAAAGUGCACUGACUGUUUGGGGAGGAGAUUCAGCCAAAGGUACAUACAUAGGGCGGGUAACAUAGGGUGGUGCAUGGUGUACCCAUCGGUGAUGAAGCAGCAGGAGCUCAAGUGGGCGGAGAGAGGGCCCCGGAGGAGCGGCGACAACAUGAGAAGGCGCAGCCCCGUCCCAUCCGGAACGCCGUCCAGGCACCAUACUAGUAACCCUCCUUCCUUCGUCAUGAACUCCCCCAUGGCCAUUAAUCACCACCCUAUGCCCUUUUAGCUCUUGCUUCAUUUUCUUCAUCCUUUUCAUUUUGGACUUUGUUUGGUGUUUCUCUUUGUUAUGUAUUUAAG